ACAGCCAAGGAGCAAACAUGGAUCUCUGGUCUAUUGAUCUUCCAGGCCUCCGCCUCUCAUGGAUUCCUCCGGCUCCGUCUCCGACACCUCCAAUCCACUUUCGGCCUAUCAACUUCUCUUCACAGCUCUCUCUCUCAUUCCCCUCUCUCACCUUCUCGCUGCGCUCCUCCUCAUCUUCCUCGUCUUCCUCUACAAUUUCUUCGAGAUUCAUUUUCUUCACGACUUCAUCCGCGCCUUCCGAGGCGACCGCGUUUGCAUCACUGCAUCCGACCCCGACUUCUAUCAAUCCGUUGUUUCCAAGUGCCGGAUUCUUCAUGGCAGGUACUCCUCAACUCCAUGGCUUUGCAGUCCUCAUUUGCAGACUAUUUUCCUCAGCAUUUUUGGGAGUUCUCCUCCUGUCUCCUAUAAAAGACAGUUAUUUCGUGUACCUGAUGGUGGAACAAUUGCUUUGGAUUGGCUAAGGAGUUCUGAUGUUAAAUAUGCUGCCUUUGGCGUGAAUGUUAACACUCCUGACAAUGAGAAAACACCAACCGUUAUAGUUAUUCCAGGAUUAACCAGUGAUUCAUCUGCAGCUUACAUCAAGCAUUUGGCAUUCAGGAUAUCCAACCGUGGAUGGAAUGUCGUUGUGAGCAAUCAUCGUGGUCUUGGCGGCAUAUCACUAACUUCUGAACGUGUCUAUAAUGCUGGAUGGACAGAGGAUAUAAGGAGCGUGGUUGGCCAUAUUCAUAGUCAACAUCCAGAAUCUCCUCUGUUUGUUGUUGGAACUAGUAUUGGCGCAAACGUUCUGGUAAAAUACCUUGGAGAGGAUGGUGCCAAUGUCCCUAUUUCCGGUGCUGCAGCUAUUUGCUCGCCAUGGGAUCUGUUGAUAUGCGACAGGUUUAUUAAUCGCAGGCUUGUUCAGAGUUUUUAUAAUAAAGCUUUGGCUAUCGGCUUACAAGAUUUUGCGUUAUUGCAUCGAUCCAACUUAUCUCAACUUACGGAGUGGGAAUCCAUUAAGAAGUCACGUUCGAUUCGUGAUUUUGACAACUAUGCCACACGCAUCCUUGGAAAUUUUGAGACCGUGGAUGCAUUUUACAGGCACGCCACUAGUGCUACCUAUGUGGGAAAUGUAGCAGUGCCACUUCUAUGCAUUAGUGCUUUGGAUGAUCCGGUUUGCACAAAAGAAGCCAUUCCAUGGGACGAGUGUAGGGCAAAUAGGAAUGUCGUUCUAGCAACGACACCGCAUGGAGGACAUCUAGGUUUCUAUGAAGGGAUAACUGCCAACAGCCUGUGGUGGGCAAGGGCUGUCGAUGAAUUCCUCGGCGUCCUACAUUCCAGCUCGUACAUUGGUGUAAUAAAGCAGAUGCGAAAGACAACAGCUCCUACUCCGAGCUUUUCCAUCGAUCAAGGUCCUUACGUGAGCGUUUUGGAAGAUGGAAUGGUUACUGCUGUAGGUGAUGAGCAAACAGAUGAUACUAUGCAAGACUUAUCGAACCAGGAAACGGCCAACGUUAGUACAAGCGCCGAAGUCAUUUUGGACAAAGAAGAGGCUGACCAUGUUAGGAAGAAGAAUGACCAACCAGAGCGCAGUGAAGAAAAGGAUCCAAACCCAACACAGGCCACAACUCCUGCAAGGAAAUGCACAGAUUGUCUUGCACGCCGGAGUGGAAGAUCAUUCUGGCUGCUCGCUUACAUUGCCAUUAUCACAACAUGGCCAAUGGUGCGCCCAGCUCUCUCAUUACUCUUUAAGAAAUAUAAAUAUCUCAUGCCUGGAGGUUCACGUAAAAGAUAGAAUUUGUUGUUGUUAGCAAGUAUUAAUAAUAUUAAGUUACCAUUCAAUUGAAAAUAAAAUGGGGAAAAGGGUAGAAUUACAUUUACUGUUGUUUAUUCGGAAAUAUUGGGAACUAGUAAUGUAACUUAUUGUUUGUCCAACUUUUCAUGGAUCGACUGUUACUAAAGAAAUAAACUUGAUCUCUGGUUACUCCUUU